AUGGUUACGGCCCAUUGUGCCGGCGUGUCUGUCUGUCCGUCUACAAACGUCGAUGGUCAGUCAAAUCAUCUAAAUCUCUUCAACUCACGACCGCAGCCAAAGAAGAAGCGGAAGUCCCGAACGGCAUUCACCAAUCAUCAGAUAUUUGAGCUCGAAAAACGGUUCCUCUACCAGAAAUACCUAUCACCAGCCGACAGAGACGAAAUCGCCAGUUCACUGGGCCUCUCGAACGCCCAGGUAAUCACGUGGUUCCAAAACCGACGAGCCAAACUGAAAAGAGAUAUGGAGGAGUUAAAAAAAGAUGUCGAGAGCGCUAAAGUAUUGUCCGCGCACAAGAGUUUCCUUGAGAACGUCACCGAUUUGGGCAUUCUGAAGAAGAAGGCCAUGAGCAUAGGUGCCAGUGAGGAGGCAGCGACGAAUUUAGUGGUUAACGCGUCCAAAUGA